UGUUAUGGCAUUUGCGGCAUUUUACUGGCCCUUGUCCGUGUAAUUAAACAAUUACAGGUGCGAGUUGACAGCCUGGGCGACCAGUGCCAAUAUUAUUCCCCUUCCCAUAUUGAUUGGUAUUCGCCAGGCCCUCAAGCACAUACAUCAAAUAUACAUUUAGAUAUAUACAAUAUAACUGGCUGCGCAGUUAUUAUAUAACGUGCUCAUAUGCGGGUGUAUUUUGUUUACCAAAUAUAAUGGUUGGCCAGGUGAAACAAAGCAAGCGGAGGCCUGCUUUGCUUAUCGAAUCAACCAGUGGAUUCGGUGAAGCAAAGUAAACUGCUGUGCGUACGUUUCAGUAUUUCAACGGUUUCUCAAGUCAGUGGGGCAUGUUUCCAAGAGCCAUAUACUACCGUGUUAUAUCAAGAAAAAGGGAAUACCUUCAAUCUUGUUUAACACUGUGCUAGGUAGGAUGCACACUUGUGGACGAUGGGGGAGGUCUCCCGUAAGUUGCUGUUGAAAUUCUUGAGUGAAUCGACCUCAGUUCACCCUUAUAGUUUCGGAGGUCACUGGAAACUCAUUGCAGAAACAACAAAGGAUUACUCGUCUCAAAGUCAAGUUUUCAUCUUUAAAAAGAUAACAGACGGAACACCUGACGAAAGUGGGCAGUUCUUCUAAUUCCCUACCAGGAAAUAGUAAGAAGAUCAAAGCGAUUGAAACAGAAUCGUCCUCCAGACGGCGACUCUAUAAAACUGAGUGCAACCACAAACUACGUGACUUGGGACAAAUGCUCUCUCCUUGUAAGCGAGUGCAUGCGAUUAAAGAAAGAAAACUCGUUGGAUUAAUUGUUCUGUUUAGCGGAUAAGAUUAGACUUUUAUUGAAAAACAAAUUCUUUGGGGUCAUCAUAUUAUUCCUGCAGAACAAGCGUGCUGUUCACUCGUGUCGUGUCGUAAAACGAUAGCCGUGCUUCUCAUAAAUGCUGUAGAGAUACAUCCCGUCACCAAAGAAUGGAUCGCAGAACCUUGAGAGGGGCUCGUAAGUGGCUAUUUUACGGAUGGAUACUAACAUCCGCCGUGCUUAUGUAUCUAUACCUCUCGUCAUCAGCAUCUAUGCCGAAUAAAGCCGGUUAUACGGAACUGGCAAAUUUACUUCGAUUCCGGAUUAUUCUUUUUUGGAACGAUCAAAAUAACGUCUACGGACUCCCGUGGUACGCAAAUGACCAAAUCUUUGGGCCCGACUCCGAAUGUCCGACGGCUGCUGAAGGAGGGUGCUGGUUUACCAAAGACAGGCGAUUUUUGGAGAUAGCCGAUGUGAUCAUAUUUAACAUUCCAGAAUAUAACUGGAGGAAAGAAGAAGUUCCGAAGUUUCGGUUACCCCAUCAACGUUGGGUGAUGUGGACUCACGAGAGCCCGUGCUACAGCCCUCCUCCUGGGCCUAAUUGGGGUGGUCUGGAAAAUAAGUUCAAUUGGACCUUGACAUACAGAAAGGAUUCGGAUAUAUUUUCGCCUUAUGGUUAUAUAGUGAAACGGGACCCUCCUUUGAAUCGAGAUUUUGUCGAGGUGGCGAAAAAGAAAAAGAAGCUGGUGGCCUGGAUGUCUAGCCAUUGUCCUGUUUCCAGCAAGCGGGACGAAUACGUCAAAGAGCUCCAGAAGUACAUUCCUGUUGAUAUUUACGGUUCGUGUGGAACGCUCAAAUGUGGAAAGGAGAAAGACAGCGACUGUUUAAAAAUGAUAAGUGACACAUACAAAUUCUAUCUCUCAUUUGAAAACAGUAUUUCGACGGAUUACGUUACUGAAAAGUUUUACAAAAUGGUAGACUAUGACGUCGUUACAAUAUUGCGUGGUGGCACAGACUAUUCGCGGCUGGACUUUCAAAAGGAAUGGUACAUUAGCACGGGAGAUUUUAAGAGCCCAAAAGAAUUGGCCGAACAUUUGAAAAAAUUGGACGCCAAUGUCGAAGAAUAUGCCAAGCUUCUGAACUGGAAAAAUCAUUAUACGAGUAAAAAACGUCCGUUUGAUAAACGAUUUUGCGAGUUGUGCCGUCGAGCAGACGAUCCAAAGGAGCCAAUUAAAUGGUGGACACGUGAUCAACUCGUAAAAUGGUUUUGGACGGACGAAUGUAAAGCCCCGACGGACAUGUAAAUAGUUGCCCUAGUCAGUAUAUUCUCAUCUGACUGUGAUAUUUUGUAAACAAAACAUAUUGUUAAUAUCACAAAGUAUUAUUUUGUCAGCAUUAAAAACUAAUUUGGGGGAUAAUAUUUUUCUUUAUUGAAUGGUACAUGUAGUUUCACAAUAAUAAACAUGUCAAGUUUGAACGCGAAUUUUUUCUUUUUAGUCGCAUCUUUCUCUUGUAACUGACAUCUAUAUAGGGUUGAUUUACUUCCUACACAACAUAGUCCUUUUAUUUUACGGUGCCAUGGAUAAAUUUGCCCACGGAUAGAAACAUAAUCUUUCAUUAAAUUGCUCUAUCGGAUACCAAGGUUUCUAUUUCCUUUUGGCGUUUUUUCACAUUUCCCAUUAACUCCGAGAUAUGUUUGCAGCAUUAUAGAACCAUAACUUCAUAGAUAACGUUAAAAUAGUUCCCUUGAAGCAGGUAGGCUAAUUUCAUCUGCAAUAGUGAUAUGCAAUGAAAUAAACAUUACAGCCGCAAGAACGAAGCAUUAACCAGAAAAUGAAACAGAAUCCCGCUUUAAGUAAUACGAGGUGUAAACGAAACAAAGUAAGAUAGAUGCAUUUUCUUUGUACUAGAUGCUGGUCAAAGAACAAAACGCCUUAGAAAGUUAGCUGAAAUAUUGCUAAUGUGGUAAAACAGUUUAGCACAAAAACUCCUUCAAAUGAAGCCCAGUAAAAUUGACAUAGCACACGUAUAAUGAGCAUCAAAGUUUAUCAUUUGGCACUGAGAUCUCUCAAACAACUGUCCACGAGAACGGAUCAUCAUGAUCCGAUUAAAGUUAACUUGCAAGAUGGAGAGACAUCCGUUCAGUCGACAAACUUGAACGCUUGAACAUAGAAAGGAUUUUUUUCUUAAAGAUCCAUUACAAUCCGAUAAAAUAGAGUGUGAAAGAUAAUGGAACAUUGGGCCGUGCGUAAAGGAUAUUAGUGUUUUUAUCACUUCAUUUACAGUCUCCCAGGAGACGAAUAACGCAGGCAAGGCAAGAUAUCAGCGCCAUUAAUGUGUGCAAAUAAACCUUACCUUUUAAUAGCCAAAUAAUGAUUUCAAAGGUGUUCAGCGGAUUCUGUACUAAUAGCCUUUUGUCAAUAAUUACCAUUGGGUCCCAUUCAGAACAGUGGACUUACUAGUCCGAGGGUCAAUUAUUGCCGACCCACUUCAACACUUCCCCACGGGGAAUCUAUUCAGUGUC